AUGCUGCCAAUGAACAAUGAAAUACCAUCAUCCAUGUAUGAGGCUGGGAAGAAGUUUGUUGUAUUGGGAAUGAGAUGGAAGUUGAAGAAGAAUUCCGCUGAAAUAAGAAAGGAUGUGCCUGCAAAAGUUUUAUGGUAUUUUCCACCUAUCACAAGGUUUCGAAGGAUGUUCCAAUCAGCAAAAAUAACGAAGGAUUUGACAUGGCAUGCUCAUGAAAGAGAUUCUAAUGGCACAAUGUGUCACCCUGCAGAUUUUCCAUCAUGGAAGUUAGUAGACCAUAAGUGGCCAGAUUUCGCCGCAGAACCAAGAAACCUUCGUUUAGCUAUUUCUGCAGAUGGAAUAAAUCCACACAGUUCCCUUAGCAGUAGGUAUAGUUGUUGGCCAGUUAUAAUGAUUACCUCUAAUCUUUCACCGUGGUUAUGUAUGAAGAGGAAAUUUAUGAUGUUAUCAUUAUUAAUAUCAGGCCCACAACAACCUGGUAAUAGCAUUGAUGUUUACAUGGCACCAUUAAUUGAUGGUUUGAAAAUGUUGUGGGAGGUAGGUGUUGAAGCUUAUGACACUUAUAAAGAAGAACACUUCAGGCUGAAGGCUAUAUUGUUGUGGACAAUUAACGAUUUUCUAGCAUUAGGCAAUUUGAGCGGUUGUACUAUGAAGGGAUAUUAUAAGAAGAAAUCAUUAUUCUUUGAUCUUGAAUAUUGGAAGUACUUACAUGUUCGACAUAAUUUGGAUGUUAUGCCUAUUAAGAAGAAUGUGUGUGAGAGCCUCAUUGGUAUGUUACUUAAUAUUCCAGGAAAAACAAAGGAUGGAAUUAAUUCUCACAUUGAUCUUGUAGAAAUGGGUUUGCAUGAAGAAUUGGUACCACAAAUUGGGGAGAAGCGAACAUACUUGCCUCCAGCAUGUUACACAUUGUUUGAAGAGAAGAAAAAAAGAGUAUGUACAACAUUAUUGGAAUUGAAGGUUCCAGAAGGAUACUUUUCAAAUUUUGGAAGUCAUGUAUCAAUGCAAGAUUUGAAACUUUAUGGUCUAAAAUCACAUUAUUGUCAUGGAUUGAUGCAACAGUUACUACUUAUGGCAAUACGAUUUGUGUUACCUACGCAUGUGAGACAUGCCAUUAUUAGGUUAUGUCUCUUUUUCAAUGCUAUUUGUAGCAAAGUAGUGGAUGUGGGAAAAUUAGAUGAGAUUCAAAAAGAUCUUGUGGUCACAUUAUGUUUGCUUGAAAAGUACUUGCCACCUUCGUUCUUUGAUAUCAUGGUGCAUUUGACAGUGCAUCUUGUUAGAGAAGUUCGAUUUUGUGAACCAGUUUACUUUAGAUGGAUGUACCAAUUUGAGAGGUUCAUGAAGAUCUUAAAGGGUUAUGUUUGUAAUCGUAAUUGUCCUGAAGGUUGCACUGCUGAAAGUUAUAUUGUAUAA